UGCUAUGAGACAAAUGAAGUUCGUACUCCACAGCUGGCUAUGGCGGAUGUUGUUGAAAAUGACAGCAUGAAGAAUUAUCAUAUAGCGUCAGAGAAAAUCACCCCGGAGAUCAGCCGCUUUCCCUACUGCAUAGUGUGGACACCCAUCCCCGUGCUAUCAUGGCUGUUUCCUUUCAUUGGUCACAUGGGAAUCUGCACUUCCACUGGAGUCAUCCGGGACUUUGCUGGACCGUACUUCGUCUCAGAAGACAACAUGGCUUUUGGGAGACCUACAAAGUACUGGAUGCUCGACGUGAGUAAAGUCUACACCAGCGGCUCCAACGCUUGGGACACGGCUGUGCACGACGCCUCAGAGGAGUACAAGCACAGGAUGCACAACCUGUGCUGUGACAACUGUCACUCCCAUGUGGCCAUGGCUCUGAAUCUGAUGCGAUACGAGAACAGCACCUCAUGGAACAUGGUGAACCUCUGCCUUCUCUCAUUCAUCCACGGAAAAUAUGUCGGCUGCGCGGGCGUUCUGAAGACCUGGCUGCCGUUCUUGUUGCUCCUGGGCAUCAUCCUCACAGUUGCUCUCGCCAUCAACAUCCGAUGACCGGGGCGGGGGGCCGGGCAGGGGGCCUGGCGAGGCGGCGGACGCGGCGUGCUACAUCCACAUGAUCCGCCCCGCCCUGCAUACUGCGGCGCCACGACCAGCCGCGUCGAGCUACAGUAACCGAGGACCUAAAGCCUGCCUACCUCUGGGAGAGGACUUCCACACAGGAAAAUGUGUUUAUUUUAUUUUUCUCACUGCAGUGCCGAAGCUGUAAUACCUCAACAAUUGAUAUCCAUUCACGCAUGCAUUUUUAUGAAUUCCAGCUAUUGUACAUUCAACAAUAACAGCUUCACACUAAUUGUAAAGAAGUUCUGGUGUAGUACAGUUCAUGCCUUGCUUUCAGACUGAUGGGGGGUGUUUACCUGAUAUCUUCAGUACUUCCAGAAAGCCAUUUUUAUACGUGGAGCACAAACGUCAUUAGCUGCCUUAUCGCGACUUUCUAGCAUUUCAUACUUGAUCUAAUGUAGCUCUUCCACAGCAACGUGAGCGUAUUUUCCUAACUUACACGACACACCGAGCAGUCGGCAUCUUCUGAGAGAGAUAUUUUCUUAAAGAUUCCUUGAACACGUCUAACCUCACGGUGCUGUUGGCAACAGCUCAUCGGUGUGACGAUUGUAGCGACCUUGGUGAAUGUGGCUGUGAUAGAUAUCUCUGGGCUGACCCUCCACAAACCCACUCAGAUGUUUUCUUUCUGCUCAUUACUGAUUUUUCACAUAGAAAUCAGAGUCAGUGACCGGUAUCGCAGAUCUCUUUCACGUUGUGGCAUUUUCAGCAUUCUGCUUUUUUUUUUCCCCCUAUUAAAUGUUUGGUCUUCAUGACGGUUGGCACUACAAAUCCGUUGCCAUGGCUGUUAGGGUAGAGGGGACAGACUCAAAUCCUGUCAUUGUUUGCAAACAGAGACAAAGGAGCGUGGAGCUCUCUCUCCCUCUCUCCCAGCAGCAGCAGGUAGCCAGGAUUCUCAGGUUUUUCACGCUCGCCAACCAUCGCUCAGUGUUUCAGCGAGCGCCGUCGCUUCCUGCUGCUUUCCCGGCUCAGCGGUUCAAAGCUGAAAGUCGUUGGGAAAUAUCCGCACCACCUUUUUAAAGUUUAAAUUCAACCCGACCAACGUCCUGUAAAGGUCGAGACAGACGAGGGAGUACCUGUUUCUAAACAUCAUGUGGCUCACAGAGCCUUGAUUCAUAUGACGGAGUAUUAGGGCCAGAAUACCUGAUAUAUUUUUUUCUUAACAUUUUGACAAUGAAGUCAUAUUAGUAGAAUAAAGAUGCAAUAUUAUCAGAAGGAAGCCUUAAACUGACAAUUGUUUCUAAGUCCUGCUCCUGAUGAUAUUUUAAUGCUGAUGUGGUCAGACAUUGAGUAGGUCUUCUUUGUAAAUCCAAAUCUGACUUCAAGUAUGACAAGUAUGAAGUGUGAUGACUUCACAAGACGCCCAGCGUUGCUCAUUUUAUUUACGGGGAAAAUGAAGUCGGCGGCUGCUUACCGUAGUUGCUAGACCUGUUGUGGCUCAAUAUUGGUCCUUAUAUAAGGCGCACCGGAUUAUAAGAUUAUAAGAUGGAUGGAUGGAUAUUUCCAUAUCACUGGUUUGAUUGUCAUGACUUUUUUUUCUCGUAUUUUUACGACUUUUGUCUCGUAUUACAACUUUCUUGUCAGAAAAUUUAGACGUUAUUCUCACUUUAUUCUGGUAAUAUGCUAAUUAAUUUUUGUGCUAUUCCACCUUUUUUUCAUAUUGCGACCAUAUUCUCGUAAUAUUCUGUAUUUGUGUUAUUGCAACUUUGUUCUUACAUUACUCCGACUUGCUGCUGUAUGUCUUAAUUCUCGCAAUAUCGUGACUUUGUUCUCAUAAUAUUAUGCGACUUUUUCCCAUAAUUAGCAUUUUUUCUGUGCCUGGCCCUAACACUCCGUGCUACAUUCAAGUGUACAAUUCGCCUCUCUUGCCUGUAAAUAUUUGACUCCCCAUUUUAGUGGGCGUUUUUUAAAAACAUGACCUUGACUUUUUAAAUCUUAGUCAUUUACACUAAAAUUGUACUUUGUAUUCCAUGUUUGUGUUUAUCAUCUGCUGAGGGUUGCAAGCAGAGCCGUGCCUAAAACAGACUGUGUGCUACUUUUUACAUAUUUUAUCGGGAAGAGCAUGCACUUGCAUGGCUGCAUGUGUGUAUCGCAUGCAUGCAGAAAAAAGGUUUGAAAUUGAAAGUCGUCUUUCAUAAUCGUCUCUGCCUCUUCAACCUUGUGAAUAGUGUUCACACCUCUUGAACCUUCCCACAAUCCAAGCAGGAUCUGCAGUUGGCUUGUUUGCAAUAGACAACACUAAAGAGGAGGAACACGGUGAUGGCAGCAUAGUGCUGCGGCGAGUCUCACCAUUUGGUCUAUUCAAGGAGUCUGCAACCUUUACAAACCAAAGAACCGUUUUUGCCCCCAGUCCAACUGAAUGAAACCCGUUUAUAGCCACAAAUGUUACGGAAUUAAUUAUUUAAACAAAAAAAGUUUACCACACAAUGAUGAGGACAAAUAAUAAUUCAAUAUUACUGAUACUUCACUCAUUCUGUCUGCAAAAAAAGCCCCUAAAAGUUCUCUAUUUGCAUUUGUUACAUAUAUACAUUUUGAAAAAGUGGUGGUGUUUUUUUUUUUUGUUUGCAUUUUCCACUUUUUCAGCCAAAUUGUUGAGAGAAAUUGUGGAAGGUUCAAAAAGCCACAGUUUGCAGACCCUCUGCUCUAUUGAAUAACAUCCUGUUAAACUCAGUCUUUUAUAAUUUUAAUGUGGAAAAAAAAUAUGGGAAACAUUCAAGGUGUGUAAAUACUUUUGUAGUGCUUUUAAUUUAGUGCUGUAUAUUUCUCAUAGUUUCUCGCGGGUAUGGAAUAGCUAAUUAUCUUUAAUCAGAGUUGAUGACAAAUUUGAGUUGAUCAUCCGCGCUUAAGUGGAGACAGCAGUAAUGUUUCAUCAUCUGCAGCUGCAGACCGUCUCUAUUAGUGCCGCUUGGAUCAAAGCAGAAAAACACAGAAAAAGACAUGCUGUUGUAGAGUCCAAGUAAUCAAUUUCAGGAUAAAAAAGAAAAACGUGUUUGCCACUCUUGCAUUUAUUAUGUUGCUUUAGGGCUGGGCAGUAAGUUGAUUUUAUCAAUUUGAUUGAAUUUUCUGGUUUUUAAGAUGUAAUUUAUGGAAAAUCCAUUUUUUCACCCUGGGCUUCCAUAGUUCAGAGUGAUGAUUUUGACAAACAUGUUUUACAACUUCUGUUUGUUUCGACUUUGAAUUAAAUAACAAAAGCCAGCUGUUUUUUUUAUUUUUUAUGUUUUCAAGUUAUCUUCUGUCAUUUCUACAUGUAUGUGAUUAAAAAAAACAAAGGAUGAAAAAUUAAAAUCGGAAAUUGAGUUUUGGAUAAAAAAAAAAAUCAAAUCAUGUUUUAUUUUUAAAUCGUAUCACCCAGCCCUACGUUGAUUAACAAGAUCAUUUGGAAAGCAGUUAAGAAUCUUUCCCAAUAUUUUCCGGACACUCUUAAGUUCUGAGACAUCUUGCUUUCAGGGUCGGGUCGCUUUGGGGAAACAUUGUUGAAAGAAAUGUCACCUUUUUAAGAUAUCUAGCACUUUCAUUUACGCUUAGGUCAAAAUGUGGUUUCUUGUUUCUAUUAGCUGGAUUAGAAAGAUGCUCAUUCGUUGCCGUUAGAGGAAAUAAAUAUCCAGCUCUUUUGAGAUCGCCUUACAAUAACUGCCUGUCAUAUAGGAGCUUACUUGUGCAUAAAACAGAGGAGAGGUGGCUUCUUUGUAGGAAGUCCUUCACAGGAAUGCAGUACUGUGUGGAGAUCAUUGAAGCGGUCCUAGGUGUUGCCUGCUGUGGUGCCUUUCCGUAUCCAGGAGCCAGGUCCAGGAAUGUGGGGACCUGCUGUCCCGCCGUCCCAGUCUACAGGCAAAAGACAGUCAGGACGGCGUUACUAGUGCCGCCAUUCACUUGUUACACACUUAACACGGGUCUGUUGUUCCGAUCCUCCAGAUAUCUUUCUUGCUGCUGGGAAUUCUCCAAAAUUCAGAAAAUGACUGUGUGAACAGCUAUAACACCAAUAAAGAUGUCUAUUAUUCUA